UUCCUCUCUACACACAAAUCAGCCGAUCAAUCUGCAUCAUCAUAACGCGCUCUACAAGCAUACACAUUUGACCAUCUCAACAAUGUCUGCCCACUACAACCCUCCAGGCGAAAUCCGCGAGCUACAGCCCCGACUGAUCAUAAAAUUCCUCAUCGCACAAGUCAACUUCCCCCACGCCAGAGGAAUCGGAGUAACCACCAUCGCAAAAUGGAUGAAGGUCAUGGAUACCCGCCACUCGGACAACAAGCUGAACAAAUUGAGCGGCCCUAUCCUCAGAUAUUUGUGCGCCGCAGCCAGCCCUCCCAUCACUGAGACUGAGCAGAGCGCUUACAUCGCCGAGCAUGGCGAGAAUCAGGAUGAUCCGGUGCUCGAUUUCGCUUAUAGGCGUGGUCGUGGACGUCCCGUCAGGGAGAUGAAGAGGCGUCGCAAUAAGAAGAGGAAUGCGGCGAGAAAGAAGAGGGUCAAGAAGGAGACUCGUGGUGAGGAUGGAAGUGAGGAUGUCAAUGACAAUGGUGAUGGAGAGUCUGGAUUUGCUGGUCUUCCCGACAACCACGGUCAUGUUGAUGGUCACGAGGAAGGUGAACCUUUGCUGACAGGAGACGAUUGCAUCUCUUUGCUCGACGAUGCCGAGCUAACGGUCCUAGAGCCCAGCGCUACUACCUCUCCCUCUCUUACUUCUAGAAUGGACAAGGAGGAGACCGGAGAAUAGGCUAAGCCGGCUAAUCAGGUUGAGAGGGUAGCCAAGGAGGAUGAGAAGAAAGCCAAAGAAGAAAUCAAGGCACAGGAGGAGAUAAA